AUGGUGAUUGAGGGUUCGGCUGUCAUGAAGAGAAAUAGGGAUAGGUUCUUUGGGAGUUACGGUGGUGAUGGUACACAGAGAUUCCCUGAAAAGAUUCUUGCGGAGGUUUUCAAGAUCAACCGUGGAGGAGACAUUAGGAUCGUUGAGGAGGUUCUGAGAAUCAAAGCAAUUAUUGGAGCAAAUUUUAAUCAAUCUGAAGUGGUAUUAUUGGAACUUCUAAGGAGGCUUGUGUUGAUAGCAGUUUCUUUCAAUACAUUGAAGGAAACCAUGAUUGGGAUGUCCGUGAAAGGUUUGACGAAGCACAACUCGAAGAGAGUUCGUGAGCUUGCGAGGUAUCUCAUCACUAAGUGGAGGAGAAGGGUGGAUGAGUGGUCGAUUGCAUCUGAAGCAGCAGCAGCAACGAAGGAGGUAGUUACGGUUUCUUCAGCCUCUGAUGUACUACUACUCAUUGAUGAAGAAGAAAGACUGAAAAGAAACGAGGAUGGGUUUUGUGGGAGUGACGGUGGUAGUGAUGAUACAGAGGCAUUUCCUGAGGAGAACGCAGAACAGAACAAUAAGAUUAUUGCAGAGAUUUUCAGGAUCAACCGUGGAGGAGACAUUAUGAUCCUUGAGGAGCUUCUGAGAAUCAAAGAAGUUAUUAAAGCAAACUUUGAUCAGUCUGAAGUGGCACUAUUAGAAAGUCUAAGGAGGCUUCAGUUGAUGGCAGUUUCUGUGGAUACAUUGAAGGAAACCCAGAUUGGAAUAUCUGUGAAAGGUCUGACGAAGCACAGCUCGAAGAGAGUUCGUGACAUUGCAAUGUAUCUCAUCACUGAGUGGAGAAGAAGGGUGGAUGAGUGGUUGAUUGCAUCCGAAGCAGCAACAUCGGCAUUAACAUCAGCAGUAACGAAGGAUGUAGUUAAGGGUUCCUCAGCCUCUGAUGUACUCAUUGAAGAAGAAGAAGAAGAAAGACUGAAAGCUAAAAUGGAGGCUACAAAGCGGAAGCUAAAAGAAGGGUAUCAAAGGGCCGAGAAUGCCAAGAAACAACGCCGGGCAAGAGUCAUGGAGUUGAAGGAUCUUCCCAAUCAAGGCUUCUGCAACUGUAAAAGUUUUGGGAACAAUGGACUCAUUUCUGUUUAG